AUGGAGAUUUCCGGUGAUCUCAAGAGGGUCCGCGAGGAGGAGAAUCCUGAGAUCUCUUCGCCAGAGGCUAAGCGUCUCCGCGACGACCUUUUCUUUGACGAUAUCUUUGAGGAUGAUGACGCCGAUGCCGGUGACCAGGAUCUCGCGUCCGUCAUGAAGAGCUUGGAGGACGAGAUCGGUUUGCCGUCGCCGGCGCCGGCGCAUCCGGAGACCGCCGUGGUGGUUGGCCAGCCGGAUCUGGGUUACCUUUUUGAGGCCUCUGACGAUGAGCUGGGCCUCCCUCCGGUGGCUCCGUCUUCCGAUGAGGAUGCUGUUGGGGCGGCGGUCGUGGUUCGAGAAGAGGAGCUGGAUGGGACCGGAUUCGACCCCAUUUGGGGUUUGGAUGAAGAGAUUAACGGAUACUAUGGAAUGGAGGAGUUCGGUGUUCGGCCGGAGAGGCCGGUUAUGGGGGCGGAGGACGGCGUGAUUUUUGACGUCGGGCUACUAGAUUUGCCAGAUCUGUCCUGGCGGUCGGAGACGCUGCCGGCGAUCUGA